UUAUAUCAUUCCGGGCAGUGUGGUUGGGGUUAGAGGUCAGAAAUUGAGACCGACUCCCUGUUUAGCGAUUCGGUUUUUCUCCGCUGCAGCAUCCCGGGACAAUGUGACCCUGCACGGAUCACCUUCAUUAGCUCGUCGGAAACCAUUACGAAGUUUGAUCGGUCCACGACGUGCACGGUUGAGUGACCGUCAGCUGGUGUAGCUUGCCACAGCAGCGGGAGCUCCAUCGAGCCAUGCGACAGUGGUGCCUCCCGGCUGCGGUACCGCGACCCGAACCGAUGCCCACAGGGCGCCUCUCACCCCCACUAUCAGAUGUGAGGAUGGAGUGUUGUGAGGUGGAGCCACGCUAUACCAUCGAGCAGAUCGACCUCCUUCAGCGUCUCCGUCUCUCAGGGAUGACCAAGCCACAGAUAGUCCAGGCCUUGGAGUCCCUAGAGCGGCUAGAUCCCGACCAUCGGCCCCCGUACUGCAACGACACCCGCGCCGCCAACCCCACAACCAACACUACCCCUACCACAGCCUCCGCCCCAGCCCCCUCCUCCUCUUCCUCCUCCUCCUCUUCUUCCUCUCUCUCCUUGGCAUCCGCCACAACGCAGACCCCUGGGCUAGACGGCGCCUCACUGUCGCCUAGCAACAGCUAUGAGGCCUCUCCCCCACCACUGUACCCACAUGGGGUUGGAGUUCAGAAGUCGUUUAGCUAUGACAUCAUGGCAGAGGAGGACUGGGAUCUGGAGGAGAAGGUGGAGGAGUACAUGAGGAGGGACAGUAACCUGGUGAAGGAGGAGAUUAAAACCUUCCUCAACAACCGCAGGAUCUCCCAGGCCAUCGUGGGACAGGUGACAGGUAUCAGUCAGAGCUAUAUAUCUCAGUGGUUGCUGCAGCAGGGCUUGGAGAUGAGUGACUCCAAACGCAGAGCCUUCUACCGCUGGUACCUGCUUGAGAGAAACAACCCAGGGCUGAGAUGGAGUGAAAGCCAGCACGGCCCGGCGGGUCUGGGCCCAGGGCUCGGUGGUCUCGGCCAGGGGCUCUGUGGUCUCGGCCAGGGGUUGGGCCAGAACCUGGGCUCUGGACCCGCCAGGGGAGGGGACAGAGACGUCACAGGGAUGGUGGGAAACGCCGCUACGGGCGCCACGGCCGCGGCCACUACCUCUACCACCUGGGGCAGACAGAGAGAGCUGCUGAUGCACCUCCUCCCAUGGUACACUGCUGCCGCACAGCAGGCACAGCCAGGUGCUACCCUGUCGAUGCGCUCCCUGGUGAAGGAGGAGCCUGAUUGGAGGACGGGGGUCAGCCCUGGGGAGAGGGGCGGGGUGGCGGGCGGUCCUCUGAGGCUGCGGAGGGGAAGCAGGUUCACCUGGAGGAAGGAGUGCCAGUCAAUCAUGGAGAGUUUCUUCAUGGAGAACCAGUACCCUGAUGAAGCGAAGAGAGAGGAGAUCGCUAACGCCUGCAACUCAGUCAUACAGAAACCUGGAUGCAAGCUGUCUGAGUUCGAGCGUGUCACGGCUCUGAAAGUGUACAACUGGUUCGCCAACCGCCGGAAGGAGAUGAAGAGACGGGCUAAUAUAGAGGCAGCCAUCUUGGAGAGUCAUGGUAUCGAGGUUCCAAGCCCGAGCUGUCAAUCCAACGGGGAGGAGUUGGAACCACAGGACUUCACAGAGCAAGUGAAUCAACGAUUCAUAGAGCAGGAAGAUAUAUCUUCCGGGAAGGACCUUGAUCUACAAGACACCUCCUCAUUGGCUGCCGUCGAGGUCCUUCCCCCUCCAAUCCCCACCUCUCAGGUUCUGGAACAGAAAGCUGACGAAUCGAAGAGAGAGACAGUGGACGAGGAGUGACCAAUGGGAGAGCGUGGAUUUGAAUAUAUAACGGCAUAUUUAAAAAAAUAUAUAUAUUAAUAAUAGAUGCUCUGAAUGUCUUCAGGGGUUAUGACAAGUCAGUGCGUUAAUUGUUGAAAAGGGUGCUAUAGCUCUCGGUGCCUCUAGUGGUAGGGAGGCCACUGUGUCUAUACAGUAAUCAUGCUUUAUAGUAAUGUCAAUAUUUAUCUCUAUCUCUCCGUGUAGUGCAUUCCAAGACGGUCUUAAACGAAAGAAGACUCCUUAAUUAAGAAUAGGGGUCUAAGUGGUUAAAAUCCUCUAGAAGCUCAACAGCCUUUUAACAUUUUCUUUGCUACUUACUUUUUAAUUAUUAUUAUUUUUUGAAAGGUUUUGACGAGUGGUUGCGUAAUAAUGGACUGGAGUGGGAACUGAAUGUUUUGAACCUGCAGGCCAGGUGUGUUUUGAUGAUGAGGUGAAGACGGGUGUGUUUGGUCGAGGCGAGAUGAUCUUUUGGUGUGACGAUAAGUGUAAUUAUCAGCCUUCUCUGCUAGCUUGAAUGUCUUUGACUGCGAUCUUAGUAAACUUGUUAGACUUUGGGAUCAAUCAAUCAAGUAGUCCGGGUCAGUGUUAUUAAGAGUCCAACCCUGAGGGACACGUGGAAUCUCAGGUAAACACAAAGAUGGUGAAUGAUGACGAAUCAUCACGUUUCUCUCUCUCUCUAAUAAGCUUCGUUCAAAAUGAAUGUUUCAUAUCAUAUGUUGCCUGUUUCUGCGACGACAACAAAAAGCAUCUGUAUUCUGUCUUCGUUGUAAUGUCAGCAAGCCAAACUAACACAGAGUUUCAUUUAUUACGCUUCCCGAUGGUCGUCUUUCCUCAACAAAUGUUGAUUUGAUCAAAUGAACAUUUUUAUUAUGCAUAAGUAGCUAAACUAAUAGUAAUGAGUUACUCGUGUCCCUUUUUCUCGUAUCGACAUGAACCACUAGUCCGCCCGAAACCCAUCGAGAAGCUACUCAAAAGUCUAGUCUGGUUUGGGUUUUAAAAAAAAAAAUAAAAAGAGAUCUUCUAGGCCACAUAUUAUUAUUAUUAUUAUUAUUAUUAUUACUAUUAUUAUUAUUAUUAUUAUUACUAUUAAAGUUGUUAAUCAUGACUCGUAAAAUGUAUCUGUGUUAUAAACAGCACCUUCUUUUAGAAUACGCUCAUUGUACAUGUACCUGAGUGACUGAAAAGCCGCCUUUCCUGCUCAAUUCCUUUUAGUUCAGAUAGUUCCAAGAAGAAGAACUUAAUGUGCUUUCAUGUUCAUUGGGAUGUCAGCUGUGUGCUCCUGGUCAUUAAAAAAAAAAUGAUUGCUAGCUGAUAAUGUUACAAGCAUGACUAUAAAUGAACAUGAAAGCCUCUGGUUUUAAAUUUAAAUGGAGAGUGUUUGGGGAGCACUUUAUUUCACAUAUGGUUUUUACAGUUCUCCCCUAGCCCAAGGUCUUGCUGGUUGUCAUUAUACUCACAGGGCUGAAUCGUAACCUCUGCCUAAAUCAUGCAUUGAAGUCAAUGGGGGAGAGAUAUGCCUGAAUAUGCAAGUAAAGUGCACAGACCGACCCCAAGUCCAGGGCUCACUUAAAAGUAAAAAGUCCCAUUGAGACUUCCCUGGUUAAAUGAAGGAUAAUUUCAUAAAAAGUUAGGAUUCAGCCCUAAGAUCAGAGGUGUCAAACUCAUUCCAUGGAGGACCGAGUGCAGUGUUUCCCAAACUUGGUCCUUGGGACUCCAAGGGGUGCGUGUGUUGCUUUUUGCUCAGACGCUACACAGCUGAUUCAAAUGAUCUUUAGUAGGGGAGUUCCUUACUAAAACCUAGACAACCAGGUGAGCAGAGUUCCCUACUGAGACAACCAGGUGAGGAGAGUUCCUUACUAAAACCUAGACAACCAGGUGAGGGGAGUUCCUUACUGAGACCUAGACAACCAGGUGAGGAGAGUUCCUUACUGAGACAACCAGAUGAGGGGAGUUCCUUACUAAGACCUAGACAACCAGGUGAGGGGAGUUCCUUACUAAAACCUAGACAACCAGGUGAGGAGAGUUCCUUACUAAAACCUAGACAACCAGGUGAGGGGAGUUCCUUACUGAGACCUAGACAACCAGGUGAGGGGAGUUCCUUACUAAGACCUAGACAACCAGGUGAGCGGAGUUCCUUACUAAGACCUAGACAACCAGGUGAGGGGAGUUCCUUACUGAGACAACCAGGUGAGGAGAGUUCCUUACUAAGACCUAGACAACCAGGUGAGGGGAGUUCCUUACUAAAAACCUAGACAACCAGGUGAGGAGAGUUCCUUACUAAAACCUAGACAACCAGGUGAGGAGAGUUCCUUACUAAAACCUAGACAACCAGGUGAGGGGAGUUCCUUACUGAGACCUAGACAACCAGGUGAGGGGAGUUCCUUACUAAGACCUAGACAACCAGGUGAGGGGAGUUCCUUACUAAGACCUAGACAACCAGGUGAGGGGAGUUACUUACUAAGUUCCUUACUAAGACCUAGACAACCAGGUGAGGGGAGUUACUUACUAAGACCUAGACAACCAGGUGAGGGGAGUUCCUUACUGAGACCUAGACAACCAGGUGAGGGGAGUUCCUUACUAAGACCUAGACAACCAGGUGAGGGGAGUUCCUUACUAAAACCUAGACAACCAGGUGAGGGGAGUUCCUUACUAAUCAGUGACCUUAAUUCCUCAAUGAAGUACAAGGUAGGAGCGGUUAAAAACGCAGCCACUCGGCCCUCCGUGGAAUCAGUUUGACACCUGUGCCCUACCUAGAUGGUCAUGAAAUGCACCAAGCUGCAUUCCCGCGGGUCGACCCACCCUAGUUGGGGCCACCACCAUUUUCACCUCCUAAUGACAAAGCUAUGCCACGGUAGAGACGAGCGGUGAGGUAGACCUGCUCAUAUAGGAACCAGUAAACAUACAGCUUAUGUUACCUAAUUUACCCCCCGACCUCCCCGUUAUGGUACAUACCACUGUUUAGGUCAGCUCGUUAGCUUGGUAUAGCCAAUUGUGAUUUCAGGGGGUUAGCCCCAACCCGGGAUUCAAGCACAGGUCCAACGACUGUCAACCCAACACCGUUACGCCAAGAGAUGGUAAAACGGUUGAAGAGGUCGCUAAGCGUUGGUUGCUACAAUAUCCAUAGUAACUCUAGCCGAGUAGCUGACCUCAUAUCUACAGUAUAGUCGAAUAGCUGACCUCCAAUAUCUACAGUAACUCUAGCCAAGUAGCUGACCUCCAAUAUCUACAGUAACUCUAGCCAAGUAGCUGACCUCAAUAUCUACAGUAACUCUAGUCAAGUAGCUGACCUCAAUAUCUACAGUAACUCUAGCCAAGUAGCUGACCUCAAUAUCUACAGUAACUCUAGCCAAGUAGCUGACCUCCAAUAUCUACAGUAACUCUAGCCAAGUAGCUGACCUCCAAUAUCUACAGUAACUCUAGUCAAGUAGCUGACCUCCAAUAUCUACAGUAACUAGCCAAGUAGCUGACCUCCAAUAUCUACAGUGACUCUAGCCAAGUAGCUGACCUCCAAUAUCUACAGUAACUCUAGCCAAGUAGCUGACCUCCAAUAUCUACAGUAACUCCAGGCAAGUAGCUGACCUCCAAUAUCUACAGUAACUCCAGGCAAGUAGCUGACCUCAAUAUCUACAGUUACUCUAGCCAAGUAGCUGACCUCAAUAUCUACAGUUACUCUAGCCAAGUAGCUGACCUCAAUAUCUACAGUUACUCUAGCCAAGUAGCUGACCUCCAAUAUCUACAGUAACUCCAGGCAAGUAGCUGACCUCCAAUAUCUACAGUUACUCUAGCCAAGUAGCUGACCUCAAUAUCUACAGUUACUCUAGCCAAGUAGCUGACCUCCAAUAUCUACAGUAACUCUAGCCAAGUAGCUGACCUCAAAUCGGGGUUUGUGUCAUGACAGUAGGCUGUUAAGUCGGUGGUCGUACACAUGACUAGUGAAGACUGUCUAUAAGACCUGUUAUUGUUAUGAUAGCGCUAUGUAGACCGGAUUAUAAGAGGGUUGGUGUUAGGGUUGCACAAUUCCAAUAACUUUUCCUGUGUUUUCCAGAAAUCCUGGUUGGAAAUAUGAGGUAUAAUCGGGCAAUCCUCCCAACUGGGAUUUCAGGGAAAGUAAAUCAUACUGCUAACCCAGUCCAACUGAGUAGGAUGGGGUUGAAGUUGACUAGAGAAUGAUCUGAAGUCAGUUUGGUCUUCCUCCCUAAUGGUUAAGGUUUUGACUUGUCUCUAGGCAGACGAGUUGCCUCCCACAUUAACAGUGUUGCCCCAGGUCUGGGAUUUCCGAGACUUACAGUUUUGUUUGAUAGAGAGGAAUCUGAUCCUAGAUCUGUGUUUAAGGGCAACUUCUACCUCAGGCUCUCAGUACGGACAAACAGGACCCCUAAAGCUGCAUGCUGUCGCAGACUAAAGCACUUCUUCCCUCUGCUUUUACCUGACAAAAAUAAAUAAAACAUAUAUAAACAAA